AUGAAGGUAAAGCUGGCAACUCAAGUAUUGAGUCAUACGGUUCCUGCAGCAAUGUUGAUGUAUGUCAGCAUUGGCACACUGCCACCAUCAGCCACGGGAACAUCAGAGCUGCUCUCCAAGUUUGAUAAAGUAUUUGAUUGCUUGAACAGCAGCAGCUUUAAAGCAGGAAAAAUCUUGAAUAGACCCAUUACAAGCACAUCGUCACAUCUCCAGUUCAUGAAUGAAAUGAAUCCAUUCAUUGCGUCGAUCAAAGUGAUCAAUCCACAAAGUAAGAAAGAUGUUACGAACACCUUAAAAUGCCUACAACGACUACAAAUAACCUUAGAAGGAACUCUUGAACUGUGA